UUAUCUGAUAUGUUCCUAAUACCUCUUAGCAAGAUGACAUGCAUAAGGAGUCAUAUCAUUACAGGGGAACUUUUGUUUUUCCGCUGAUGCCAUCAAGAGCAAUGGGCCAGGCAGCAGGAAGGUAUAUAAGCAGCACAAUUCAGGCCCAAUCCUGGCCACUCUUCACAGACUCUGCUCACUCAGGAAAAGGGUGUGCAUGUCCUCAGUCUGUGUCCACCAUGGUCCUGUUGCUGCAGGCGUCAGUAUUAAUCCUGCUGCUGGCGUCUCUGCCUGGAUCGCAGUCUUCUCCAUCCCAGCAUCUGUGUGGUUCAAGCCUGGUGGAUGCGCUUUACCUAGUGUGUGGGCCUAGAGGUUUCUUCUACACCAACAGAGGCAGGAGAGACCUGGAGACCUUGCUGGCUUUGCUCUCAAAUUUAGCAGGUUAUGAGGCAGCAGAUGCGGAUCCGCUGAAAGAGAAGGUGAUGAAGAUGAAGAGGGGGAUUGUGGAGCAAUGCUGCCACAGGCCCUGCACCAUCUACCACCUGGAGGACUACUGCAGCUGAACAGCCAGCGCAAUGCAUGUUCAGCUUAGCAAUAAAUGACCAUUACACGCAAGAAAAGUCAUUGUUUGCUUGACAUUUCAAAUGGAAGCUUGUAGUAAAGAUCCACCGAAAGCAACAAUAAAUAAAUUGACUGAAAUACAUGGUGCUUUUCCUUGGCUUGUAGCACCAUCUGCUGGAACAUUUGAUCUUUAACAGAUGAGAAAUCGUGAUCAAUGAAUAAAAUAUCAGUGUUAUGAU